UCAGCCUCACUCAUAAUCCUUUACCUGCCAUAUCAAGGAAUUCUCCCAACAGCCGCUAGGUGAUGAUGAGACGUUCUUUUUUCUUGUGGCUUGGAAUUUAUAUCCUUCACGCUUCUGUUCUUGCGGCUGCAGAAGGAUGCAAAGGCAUGACGUUUAAGGAUACAUUUGAAGGCAAAGCUUUGAAGAACCACGUGAUCAAGACUGAACAAGCCACAAACGACGCACACUGUGAGUCUAAGUGUUUCAUUGAUGAUCGAUGCAUCGCUUACAGCUUUGGGAAAGACAAGGACAAUCAGAAACAAAUGUGCGAAUUAAGUGAGUCAGAUCACGUGAUGCAUCCUGACGAUCUUGUUGAUCGAGAAGACACAAUAUAUCGGCGUGCUGAGAAUAACUGCAAUUGUCAGAACUACCAGGUUUGUCGCGUGAACUUUGUGGAUGACACUCAUCGAUGUGAAUGCAAAGCUGGGUUUACUGGGAACCUGUGCGAUCAAGAGAUAAAGCCGUGUGAUUCAACUCCAUGCCUGAAUGGAGCAACUUGCAUCAAUAAUGCAGAUCAGUUUGGUUGUACGUGCAGUGCAGGAUUUACUGGACAAGUUUGUGAAAUAG